AUGGAUAGACCAGGAAGAAUUGUAAGAAAUCAGAUAGAUUUUUUGCUGGUCAAUAGAAGAUUUUGGAACAGUUGUAUAUCUGUCAAAACAUAUCCUGGGGCAGAUAUCCAAUCUGAUCACACACCUUUGGUUGGCAGGUUUAAGGUGAGAUUGGAGAGAGUUACAGUCCGGAAGGUGAAGAGUUAUGAUCUCAGAAGACUGAAGGAUCCUGUUGUACAGCAGAUGGUGAGGAAUGACUUGAAUGAGAGAUUGAGAGUGGGUGGAGAUCUGGAGAGUGUGGAGGGGGGACUUGCAAUUGUAAAGGAAACAGUGAAAGGUAUAAAAGAUCAAUACCUAAGAAGGGACCCAAGGAAAUGUAGGUCAUGGAUGACUGAUGAGAUACUGGAACUUAUGGAACUGAGGAAGAGUCACAAAGACAAUCUUGUUGAGUAUAGAAGGAUCCAUACUAUCAUUAGAAGAAAGAUCAGGGAGGCCAAGGAGAGAGAAAAGGUUGAACAGUGUCAGGGGAUAGAGCUAUAUCAAAGUCACUAUGAUAGCUUCAAUGUCCAUCGUAAAGUAAAGGAAGUGGCUGGGGAGUUCUUUUUUAACAAAAGUGGUCGGUUAGCGGAUGUACACGGCAAUUUGGUGAUUGAUAAGGAUGAGAGGAAGAAGGUGUGGGAGCAAUAUUUAAAGGAUUUAUUCCAUGACCUCAGAGCACAGCAGCCUGUCUUUGAAGAUGACACUGGACCGAAAAUUCUAUUGGAAGAGGUGAAGGCGGCCAUGAAGCAGAUGGAGGAUGGAAAGGCAACGGGAUCGGAUGAAAUAUCCAUUGAAUUGUUGAAGUUAAUGGAUGAAGAAAAUAUGAAGACAAUAACCAACAUUGUCAACCACAUAUACUCAACAGGAAAAAUCCCAAAUCAAUGGUUGGAGUCAGAGUUCAUUGCAAUUCCAAAGAAGUCAAGUGCAAAAGCCUGUGGAGACUUCCAAACAUUAAGUUUGAUGAGUAACAUGCUUGAAGUGUUUUUAAAAGUCAUUCACAAAAGAAUUUAUAACAUAUGUGAAGAGCAAAUUUCACCCAAUCAAUUUGGUUUUGUAAAGGCUGUGGGAACAAGGGAAGCUCUGUUUGGUGUGCAGGUUCUGUUUCAAAGAUGCAGAGAUGUGGGUUGA